CCUGCAGCUGGAGAAUUGGAUCAUGUUGAAAGUGAAUACACCGUGAAGGUCCAACACAAGGUAAAGUUCUGACAAGCAUUCAAAGAUCUUCUCACUCUACUUACAACAGCGCGAGAAGUCUCUCUCUCCUACAACAUCGAUGUUGUGUUGUCUUUAACUUGUAUAUUCCAUAAUAUCAAACUAUUUUAAAAUUUAAUACUGAUUUUUAACUGAUUAUGAUAAAAAAAACACUUAAUGUUACUGGACCACUCAAGCAGCAGAAAAAUAGACUCUAUGUUUUUGGUUUCCUAAUUGAGGCAGAGUGAGACAUCGUGUUUGCUGUGAUUAUCUGGUUUUCAAUGACGUCAUCACGUAAGACGUGAAAUAAGUUCCGUCCUUUUAAUGUUGGAAGCUAGUCGUUCUUUUUUUAGUAUUACACAUUUCAGUGGCGGCAUUUUUAUCGUUAACUUGGUAGCUACGUCGCCUUUUCUACCAGAAAAUAGAAGUAGCACGCUCGUCGGUGGGACAUGUUUAACGUCGUGCGAGUGACGGCUCGCUUCGGUCGCGUGCUCUGGUCAACAGCUGAACGUACCGGCUCACUUCCGGGUUUGAAGGCCACGAGAGGACACCCCUCUGCCCGCCACGUCCACGGCAGACUCCGCGGUUCCGAAAGGAUCUGUACAGUGGACCCGAACCAGGAAGAACGGUUCUUUUUUGUGGACUUGACAGAUCCAGAUCCUGAGGAGGAACCCAGAAUCGUGACCAGUGUAAGUCCAAAGCAGCAGACCCCCCAUCCUCUGCAGCAGACUUGCUCCAGGUCUGUGCAGCAUCGGGUCCAGGAUUCGAAGGACGUAACUUGGCAGGACCGGGUGUUGGAAUCUCGCAUCCAAUUCCAUGAUGUGGACUUUCCUUUGGACCCGAGUGUUGUGGCUUCUUCUAAAAAGAAGAACAAGGCUCUGAAACAUGAACAUAAGAUCUACGGUUCUCCGGAUUUGGAGGAACCCAGUAGCAACAUCUGCUGCUCGGGCUGCGGUAGCAUCCUGCACUGCACAGAUGCCACCGUUCCUGGAUACCUGCCAAGUGAGAAGUACAAGGUCCUGCUGCAGGAGGAGCGCCUCAGCAGCGCCACUUGCCAGCGCUGCCACUUGCUUCGCUAUCACCACAAGGCUCUGCGUCUGCAAGUGUCCAAAGAUGAGUUCCGUGAUGUGGUCCAGACGAUCCGGUCCCAGAGGGCCCUCGUGCUUCUUUGCGUCGACCUCCUGGAUGUCCCAGACUCCAUUGUUCCAGACCUUCCGGAGCUGGUGGGCAACAACAAACAUAUCGUCGUCCUCGGGAAUAAGAUUGACCUCCUUCCGGGGGACUCGCCAAACUACCUGCAGCGUAUUAAACGGCAGCUGUCCCAGUACUGCCAGGAUGCCGGCUUCGGGACUCAGGUGACCGAUAUCCACCUGAUCAGUGCCAAGACCGGGUACGGGAUCGAGGACCUGAUCUCCAGCCUACAGAGGGCGUGGAAGUACAAAGGUGAUGUCUACCUGGUGGGGAGCGCCAACGCGGGAAAGUCGACGCUCUUCAACACGUUGCUGGAGUCCGAUUUCUGCAAAUCUAAAACCUCCGGCAGUCGCAAAGCCACCAUUUCCCCAUGGCCUGGGACCACCUUGAACCUGCUCAAGUUCCCCAUCAUCAACCCAACGCCAUAUAGAAUGUUCCGGCGGCAGCAGCGUCUUAGAGAAUUGCGCAGACAGACUGAGGGCGAGCUGUCGCCGGAUGAAAUGAAGCGGCUGCAAGACUUCCGCCGCCAGGGGUACUUAGUGGGUCGAGUGGGUAGAACAUUCCUACCCAACGUCAGACAGGGAAUGGUUGAGUUCGACCCAGACAGAUUAGCCUUUGGAGAAAACGGCGACGACGAGAUGACCACAGAAAAAGAAGACUCAGUUGAUGAGUUUGCCUACAACGAACUAAAAGACGCGCACUGGCUCUUCGACACGCCCGGGAUCAUGAAGGAACACGAUGUUCUCAGGUUGCUGAACGAACAGGAAGUGAAAGCUGUGGUUCCCACGCAGGCUAUCGCACCUCGCACCUUCAUUCUGAAGGCCGGGAUGAGUCUCUUUGUGGGAGCUCUGGCCAGGAUCGACCUCCUGGAGGGGGAAACGUCCUGCUGGUUUUCAGUCAUUGCCUCCUCCCGACUUCCGGUUCACAUCAGCAGCCUGGAGAAAGCAGACGGCGUCUAUCAGAAACAUGCCGGACGUGAGCUGCUUGGGGUGCCAGCAGGAGGUGAGGAGCGGAUGAAGGAGUUUCCAGCAUUGGUUCCUCAGGAGGUCCGGCUGGAGGGUCGAGGUGACCUGGAGGCAGCGGCCGACAUCAAGCUGUCAUCUGCAGGCUGGGUGGCGGUGACAGCAGCGGAAGGUCAGAAGCUCCUGUUGAUGGUUCAUGGCCCGCCGUUGGUCGGCUUCGGACUGAGGACGCCACCGCUACUUCCUCACGUGGUCUCCCUGAAGGGGGCGCGAAUCCCAAAGUCUGCCGCCUACAAAGUGCUGAAGCCUUCAAAGAUGCUGGAUGCUGGACUGUCUGCUCGUGUCGCCGAGAGGCGGCAGAUGAAGACCAGGAAGAAGUGAAGAGGAUGUAAGUCGAACUACUUCCUAAUUCAUUUGAAUUCACAUCCGUGAUUGAGUAAAAAGGAACGCCUGUCACUUUAAGACCCAGCAUGCGCCACGCUCUCCCAGGAGAGCAUGGACGCUCACUGAUGGUGUGCUUUAUUUUUUUUAAGGACAAACGUAUGAAAAGCAAGUGAUUAAAAUGAAAAACAGAUAAACAAACCA